AGCUACAGUAUUCUGAGCUACAGAGAUCAACAUGCUGGUCAAUAGACCGGCCAGAGUCCGUCAACUACGCGACAGCUACAUUGAGAUAUCAAAAUAUGUACGCGCGCAACAGAAACUGAACCAACUGGGCCAUGGACCAAAAUGCGCUUCCCUCUGCGUUCGUCGCUCUAGUUCUACUGUAGCACCAAGUGCAGCCAGGUCCAACAAGGAUCUGGAGGCUGCGCGACAUGACGCUACAAGAUGCAACUCUCAGAGAUGGUCUGUACUGUCAGAAAAACAGUCUUCUUGCUUGAAACAAUUCGAGCGGAGUGGUCUCAACGACUCUCAUAUAAGCACGUGGGACAGCCUUGCGUCCAUCGAGCUGGAUGCUAGCAAGAGGGAGUCCAGGAUCGUCACAAUAUGUGGUUACAUCACUUCACAAAGAUCAGCUGGGAAGUUCGAGUUCCUACAGCUAGUCAACCCGCGCCUAGACCAGGCUGUCCAGGUCAUUUGCUCGAAGGAGACGCUGAGAAGGCCUAUGUCAGGACAGACUCAUGGGCUUUCAAAGGCCGAAGUCGAGUCCCAGGUCUUUUCGACAGAGAUUAGAGGCCACACGCCAGUUCAGAUAACCGGCUCUGUCGUGGCUCGAGCGGCGCCUCCCAAGAAUAAAGGACAAGCAGAUCGCAUACAAAACUUGGAUGACCAGGAAAACAGAGUUCUCGAAAAAUUAGACCCUUUUGUGGGACAUAUCGGCCUUCUUCCACAGGUCGAAAUCCAGGCAGAAUCAAUAUCACCGUUGAAUACAUUUCCUGCGGACCUCGUUGCCAAAUGUGAUACGGCGUUUCCACCAGAGUUACGCCAUCUCCAAUUCAGGACCGAUAACGGACUCCGCAGUCGGAUACGUCUUCGCAGCAAGGUUGCGUCCAAAAUUCGAGAGGGCAUGCUGAAGAAUGACUUUGACGAAAUUGAAACCCCACUGUUGUUCAAGUCUACUCCGGAAGGGGCGAGAGAAUUUAUUGUACCCACGAGAAGGAAGGGUCUAGCCUAUGCCCUUCCCCAGAGCCCUCAACAAUACAAGCAGGUGCUCAUGGCCUCCGGGAUCUCUCGGUAUUUCCAAUUCGCAAAGUGCUUUCGAGACGAAGAUCUCCGGGCAGACAGACAACCCGAAUUUACGCAGCUCGAUCUGGAAAUGUCUUUUGCAGGUGCUGAAGAAGUGAUGGCUGUUGUUGAAGACAUCGUACGCAAUUUUGUGUGGCCUAAUGUGCCUGAUGUUCAGCCAAUAGAAAAUGCAGUCUCCACUGGGAAUUCGUCACACGCGGAUCCCUCAAGAUUUCCCAGGCUCUCCUACGCAGAUGUCAUGACUCGAUAUGGAUCAGACAAGCCUGAUACGCGGCUAGGGAGUGAAAUACAUCGAAUUGAUGAAUGGUUGCCAGAGAAUGUCAUAGGCAUGUUGACAUCGCUACAAGACCCGAUCGUCGAGAUGUUGAAGAUCAAAAUGCAAGGAGCCGAUCCAUCCACGAGCACCCGCUUUAUCAGAUCUUUUCUGGACGCACCAGCCUCGGCGGUUUACUCGAGCAAUCCUGCCGGUAUGCCUGGAAUUUCAAUAUAUGACCCUUCCAAGCCACUGAGAGGACUAGCCAGCUUCGGUCACGAGGCAGCUGCACGUGUAGAGGAGACUUUCGAGCCUGAACCGGGAGAUAUUUUCAUCAUACAAACCCGCGCCAGAGCUUCGUUCGCAGGCGGCUGGACGGUCCUGGGAAACCUGCGACGAGAUGUCCUACAAAGUGCAAUCUCUGAAGGAUUAAUUUCUGCACCAAUCGGCUUCGCUGGUCUCUGGGUCGUCGACUUCCCCUUGUUCUCGCCUACUGAAGAGACUGAACCAGGCCAGGGUGGUCUCGCCGGACUUUGCUCUACUCAUCACCCCUUCACUGCUCCGAAAAAGGAUCAAGAUCUGUCACUCUUGAUCACAAACCCCCUCCAAAUCAUUGGAGACCAUUAUGAUCUGGUCAUCAAUGGGGUUGAAAUUGGUGGCGGCUCACGACGUAUUCACGUUGCAGACAUGCAGGAGCUCGUUCUCAAAGAUGUUCUCAAACUACGUGCUGAGCGACUUGAGGACUUUAGGCAUCUACUUAAUGCCCUCAAGUGCGGCUGUCCUCCUCACGCAGGAUUCGCGCUCGGUUUCGACAGACUUAUGGCUAUGUUGACCGGCCGAGCAAGUGUCCGGGAUGUGAUUGCUUUUCCGAAGUUCGCUGAUGGUGAAGACAAGUUCGUCAAGUCUCCAUCACUUCUGACCGCGGAGCAAUUGGCGACAUAUCACCUGGCUAUUAAUGACAGUGUGGAGGCUAAACACUCUCCACUAGUAUCAAUAAAGGGGUAG